UUUCAUCUGUUUUGUGGGUUGUCCGUAAUAAUUUCGCAGUGGAGUGAGUAAUAACACAAAAUUUGCAUCAGCCUUGCAUUGUGAAAUAAUCCGUAUAAAAGACUCAAAUUAUUGAAGCAGUCACUGAAGCUACGCUGAAGAUAUUAAAUCUAACAUGCCGGAGCAGCAAAAUAUAAACGGUGAAGCACCAGCCGGUGAGGGUGUUCCGAAGACAGCUAAACAGUUGGAGAAGGAGGCUAAAAAGGCUGAGAAAUUGGCCAAACUGCAAGCGAAAUUAGACAAAAAGGCUGCUGCUGCACCAGCAACAAGCGAAAAGAAAGAAAAGCCCGAGAAAAAGGCGAAAGAGGCAAAAGAGGCUGCCGUCUACACGGCUAACACUGCGCCGGGUGAAAAGAAAGAUAUUAGUGGUGCCUUGCCGGAUGCCUACAGUCCACGGUUCGUGGAGGCUCAGUGGUACAGUUGGUGGGAGAAGCAGGGCUUCUUUAAGCCAGAGUAUGGGCGCGACUCCAUUGGUGAAGCCAAUCCCAAUGGAAAGUUCAUCAUGGUCAUUCCACCCCCGAAUGUGACGGGGUCGCUGCAUUUGGGGCACGCACUUACCAAUGCCAUUGAGGACGCCAUUACGCGCUAUCAUCGUAUGAAGGGACGAACGACUCUAUGGGUGCCAGGAUGUGAUCAUGCAGGCAUUGCGACUCAGGUGGUGGUGGAAAAGCUGUUAUGGCGAGAUGAGAAACUUUCCCGUCACGACUUGGGCCGUGAAAAAUUCAUUGAGCGUAUUUGGACUUGGCGACGCGAGAAGGGUGGCCGCAUUUACGAUCAGCUAAAGUCGCUGGGGUCCUCCUAUGACUGGACACGCGUGGCCUUUACCAUGGAUCCAAAACUGUGCCGCGCAGUGACGGAAGCAUUUGUCCGCUUGCAUGAAGAAGGAAGCAUUUACCGCAGCUCCCGUCUCGUCAACUGGAGUUGUUCGUUGCGCUCGGCUAUCUCAGAUAUUGAAGUGGACAAGGUGGAGAUACCGGGUCGCACAUUCCUGAGCAUACCGGGCUACGAAGAGAAGGUAGAAUUCGGCGUCCUCAUUAAAUUUGCCUACAAAGUGGAAGGCAGUGAUGAGGAGAUCAUUGUGGCCACCACUCGCAUUGAGACCAUGUUGGGCGAUACUGCUGUGGCUGUGCAUCCGCAAGAUGAGCGCUACAAGCAUCUGCACGGAAAGCAUGUGAUUCAUCCGUUCUGCGAUCGUCGCUUGCCAAUUGUUUGCGACGAGUUCGUGGACAUGAACUUUGGUACUGGCGCUGUGAAAAUAACGCCAGCUCACGAUCCAAACGACUAUGAAGUGGGAAAGCGCUGCAAUUUGCCAUUCAUCACCAUAUUCAAUGACGAUGGUUUCAUAAUUGGAGACUACGGCGAGUUUACGGGCAUGAAGCGCUUCACAUGUCGAAAGGUGUUGCUGGAGAAGCUCACUCAGCUGGGCCUCUACCGUGAGACUGUGAACAAUCCCAUGGUGGUGCCUAUUUGCAGUCGUUCGAAGGAUGUGGUGGAGCCGCUGAUCAAACCACAGUGGUACGUGAGUUGUGAGGACAUGGCCGUGGCCGCCACAGAAGCUGUGCGCAGUGGCCAACUAAAGAUAAUACCGGAGCAUCACACCAAGACCUGGUAUCACUGGAUGGAUGGCAUACGCGACUGGUGUGUGUCGCGGCAGCUGUGGUGGGGUCAUCGCAUACCCGCCUACUAUGUGACCUUCAACGAUGCCAGUCUAAAGGGGGGCUCGUCGGAUGACGAGCAGUAUUGGAUUGUAGCGCGGAGUCAGGAGGAGGCACUAGCCAAGGCCUCAUCCCGCUUUAAUGUAGAUGCCUCCAAAAUUGUUCUGCAACAGGACGAGGAUGUGCUGGACACCUGGUUCAGUUCGGGCCUCUAUCCCUUUUCCGUAUUCGGUUGGCCCGACGACACCGCCGACCUGCAAGCCUUUUAUCCCACGUCGCUGCUAGAGACUGGCCACGACAUUCUGUUCUUCUGGGUGGCGCGCAUGGUGUUCUUUGGCCAGAAGCUGCUGGGAAAACUGCCCUUUAAAGAGGUAUACCUACAUCCUAUGGUGCGUGAUGCACACGGACGUAAAAUGUCCAAAUCACUUGGAAAUGUCAUCGAUCCCAUGGACGUUAUACACGGUAUUACUCUGGAAGGUCUUCACGCGCAACUCGUGGGCUCCAACUUGGAUCCGCGCGAGAUUGAGAAAGCCAAGGCUGGUCAGAAGCAGGACUUCCCGCAGGGCAUUCCCGAAUGCGGAUCGGAUGCAUUACGAUUUGCCCUCUGCGCCUACAUCACGCAGGCACGCGAUAUCAAUCUGGAUAUUAAUCGUGUGCUCGGCUAUCGUUUCUUCUGCAACAAACUAUGGAACGCCACGAAAUUUGCGUUGUUGUAUUUCACUGGCAACGAGAAGUACAAUACCGAGUUGUCGUUAGAAGAAUCCAAUCCAAUGGACCGCUGGAUCCUAUCGCGUCUGGCAGCGGCUAUCGAGACUUGCAACGCCGGUUUUGAGCAGUAUGAUUUUGCUGCCGCAACCAGCGCCUGUUAUGCCUUCUGGUUAUACGAUCUGUGCGAUGUGUACUUAGAGUGCUUGAAACCCAUUUUCCAAGGCGGCAGUGCUGGUCAGCAGGCGGCUGCACGACGCACUCUGUACGUGUGUCUCGACUACGGACUACGUUUGCUUUCCCCCUUUAUGCCUUUCAUCACAGAAGAGCUCUACCAGCGACUGCCUCGCGCAGAUAGCACUCCCAGCAUAUGCGUGGCCAACUAUCCAAGCAACACGACAUGGCGCAACGUUCAAGUAGAAGCAGAUGUGGAAUUCGUGCAGAAGGCAGCCCGCAUCAUACGCUCUGCGCGCUCCGACUACAAUUUGCCGAACAAAACAAAGACGGAGGCCUAUAUAGUUUGCACCGAUGCCGCCCCCAAUGACAUACUCAAACGUUACUCUAACGACCUGGGCACAGUUGCCUACUCGACUGUGUCGUUUGACAGCAUCCCGCCUGCCGGCUGUGCCAUCCUCACAGUGUCCGGCCAGUGCGAGGUGCAUCUGCUGCUUAAGGGACUAAUAGAACCGGACAAGGAAAUUGCUAAGCUGCAAAAGAAGCGCGAUGGACUGGUGCAGACUGUGAGCAAACUGACGCAGGCCAUGCAGGCAGUGGACUAUGCCGCAAAGGUGCCAGUGGAGGUGCAAACAACCAAUGACACGAAACUGGCAGAAUCGCGCACCGAAAUCGAACGCAUAGCGGCGGCUAUCGAGACAUUAAAGCUUAUGUAAAAUGACGCCACUGUCGCCUUCGAUGGGAAUUUAUGAUAUUUUGAUUUGAAAUAGUUUUUAAUUGUUUCUGAAACUCGCGUCUCAAACCGAAGUUAUUUAAAUGCAUUUUACGCACCCUAUAGCUACAAUUUCUAAAGUAAACGCUAAAUAAACACACAUCUGACGGCUAUUUA